CAUCGAUCGCGGAAGGAUACGGCGCCGGCAUGUGCUCGGCGAGGCGUCGUGCAGUGCGUUUCGGCCAUGAGGUGAAGCGGUAUUAUGUGUGCGCGUAAAAGUUUGCAAAGCGGUGUUUUCGGCGGCGGAGCGUCCGAAGGAUGAGCUCGGCGGCCUCUGACCAGAACCCGGACUUCGUUGUGCCUCAUAGCAACCCGCAGCCCAGCGGCAAGCAUGCGCACCGAGUGCGCCUGCGGAGCCACGGGCUUGCGGCGCGAUCUGUUGCCGUGCGGCUGCUGCUGCUGCUGUUGUUGCUGCUGCUGCUGUUGUUGAUGCUGCUGCCCUGUUGGUUGCGCCUGCUCCGCCAGGGCCGGGCUGCGCGCCGCUGCUCGAUGCGGCUGCAGAGUCGCGGAGCAGCGCGAAGCGGGACCGGCUGCGCGUCCUGCGGAGGGGGAGGAGGCGGCGGCGUGAGGAGGAGGGGCCUUGGGCCAGCCCUGGCGUCCGUCGCGCGCGCGCGCCGCAGCCCGUCGUCCACACCACUUUGCUACGCCGCCGCUCGGAGCGGACGCGGCCGCCACGCGCGGGCGGGUCCACUCACCUGCGGGUUGCUAUGA